ACUAUCAAAUAUUUUAUCGAAAUGCGCACGGGAGGACUAUUUCGCAGAAAUACCAUCGUUACCUCUAAUAAACGUGAUGAUGACUUUGGGGAUUAUGCAACCAUCAUCAGCACAGAGGAUGACCCGAAGAAACUUAAGGAUUAUAUAACUUCACUUUACAAAGCUUUUAAGGAUAAGUCCAAGGGUCUCCGAUCAGCCUAUGCAAAACUUGAUCUGUUGAACAAUGAAAUAAUCCAAGAAAAAACAAGGUUUGCUGAUAUUGAAGACGAAAAUAAGUCACUGCGAGAGCAAAUGCAGGCUAUAGCCGAUCAAUUAGCGGCCAAAGAAGAAGA